CCAGAAGCCGGGCGCUAAUCAUUUUCCCCCUCCACGUACCCGUACGCGGCUUUGGGGGCUCUCCAGCCUUCUUUCUGAGGUGACAGAAGAACGACCCAGUAAGAAGCCGGCGUGGGCAGCUUGAAGCUAGUCCUGGAAGAGCAGCGGGACCGUCGCGCCCCCUCCAGCUGCGGCGCUUCCCUCCAGCCCCUCAUUCCCUCCCAAAGCCGGAUUCAGUUUCUUUCUUUCUUUCUUUUUCUACCUUCCCUCCCUUUUGGCGCGCGCUCGCGCGCGCCCUUUUCCUCAGUUCCAGCCGGGCUGCUCUUUUUUGCCGUUUUCUCUCUCUCCCGGCUCAUGGCUGGCUGAGGGCGGCUCAGUGGGCGCGCAGGGACACCCUCCUGCAGGAUGAAGAGCUCAGCUGGUGGCUGGCGAGAGAAGCUGCUCGGAGCCAAAGCCCAGUCCAAGAGCGAAACGAUGAAGAAACCCUGGAGUCCUAAUUCAUCCCAAGACAAUGUUCCUUAUACUGCGAAAUUUACUUGUUUUCAUGAAAGAGAAAGUGAGGCAGACUUAACACCUGAUGACAGUGAGGAAAAGAAAGCAAGGGAGAAGAAACAUACCAGUUUUACUUUGUGCAAUGUGUGCAACAUUCAGCUGAACUCUGCUGCUCAGGCACAGAUCCAUUAUAAUGGGAAAUCACAUCAGAAAAGAUUAAAACAGCUCAGCAAUGGGAAUCUAAAAACCGAUCAUGGAGGUACAUGCCAGAGCCCUGCUCUUCCAGCCCUGGUACGUCCUCCAGCCCCACCCUUGCAGCCUCCGCUGGAUAUCAAACAUUUUCUUCCAUUUCCUCUGGAUACUGCAGCAGCUGUCAAUCUUUUCCCCAACUUCAAUGCAUUUCAGAACAAGAACAUGCACAUCUCUUGGCCACAGUUCUACAACUCAGUUUUGUCCAAAAAAAUGCCAGGGCUGGCUCUGUGUAGAGAAGAUUCAAAAGAGAUGGACCCAAUUCAAAAAGCUGUAAUAAAUCAUACGUUUGGGGUUCCUCUUCCUCACAGAAGAAAGCAAAUCAUAUCGUGCAACAUUUGCCAGUUGAGAUUUAAUUCAGAUAGCCAGGCUGCGGCCCACUACAAAGGCACUAAACAUGCCAAGAAGCUCAAAGCACUGGAAGCCAUGAAAAAUAAGCAGAAAUCUGUAACUACCAAGGACAGCGCAAAGACUACCUUCACUUCCAUCACUACCAAUACCAUCAAUGCCAGCUCUGACAAAACAGACAAUAAAACAGAGGCACCAGCAAUAUCAACCACCACAGCGGUCGAAAUUCGGAAGAGCAGUGUGAUGACAACGGAAAUCACCUCUAAAAUUGAAAAACUCCCCACAGUAGCCACUAGCAGCAGCAACGCGUGCUCUUUGGGAGAGACGGAGGAAGAAAAGGCCAAACGGCUGCUUUACUGUUCACUAUGCAAGGUUGCUGUCAACUCCGCCUCACAGUUGGAGGCGCACAACAGUGGCACAAAGCACAAAACUAUGCUAGAAGCUCGAAAUGGGAGUGGAACUAUCAAAGCCUUUCCCAGGGCAGGCGUCAAAGGCAAAGGACCCAUUAAUAAAGGGAACACAGGACUUCAGAACAAAACAUUUCACUGUGAAAUUUGUGAUGUGCAUGUAAACUCUGAGACACAACUUAAACAGCACAUAAGCAGUAGAAGGCACAAAGACAGAGCUGCUGGGAAGCCCCCAAAACCUAAAUACAGUCCCUACAACAAACUCCAGAAGGGAACACACCCACUUGGGGUAAAGCUAGUAUUUGCAAAGGAACCUUCGAAACCAAUGGCUCCACGGCUCUUACCAAACCCACUUGCAGCUGCUGCAGCAGCUGCUGCUGUGGCUGUAAAUUCCCCUUUCAGUCUUCGAACAGCCCCACCAGCUACCCUCUUUCAGACUUCAGCACUUCCUCCAGCGCUCCUUCGACCUGCCCCUGGGCCUAUACGGACCACCCACACGCCUGUCCUCUUUGCUCCAUACUGAACUCCACAAAGGAAUUAAUUGUACUGCAAUAAUUUUUCAGAGCAAAAGUAACACAAGAACAAUGAACUAUGCAGUGUUAAUUUAUAGUAAAGUAAAACAAACUAUAUAUAUGAGCUGGGACUUUUGAACAAAUUCUAAGAAGGGGGGAAAGGCAGUAUUUUCUCCAGAUGAGAAUUCCUCUUAAAUAUUGACCAUUUUAGAAGCAACCAUGAAGUAAUAUAUUUAAAAAAAAGGUAUGAAGUCAUUUUAACUGUGCUUUUUGGCACAUCUCCCCUGCAAAGUAUUUCCUGGUUAUGAAAGAGUAAAACACAAUUGUCUCAAGGGCAUUAACCAAUUUCAAUGUACAUAAAAUACUUAAUUCUGUAGAAUAAAAAAGUGGGGCACAGAAACACUGUGAAUAGUAGUACUCUUGCCAAUGCUCCUGCCAAGUCAGCAUUUCCUAUUUAUCUGAGUAAAAGUAGAUGCAAUAGAUGUCUUGUUAAGCACUAGUAUUGUGUCUCUAUGUAUGCCACUAGGUUCAUAAACUGAGAUGAAGUAAAUGUGUCAUCUCUCUAUGGUAAAUUGCCACAAUGAUCAUAGAUUGUGGUCUACAAUCCUGUGCACACUUAGCUUGGGAGCAAACCCCAUUGACCAUAGGGGAACUUAAUUCUGAGGACCUGUACACAGGAUUGCAGUGCUAGUUUCUCUCCUAUAUUCAAAAUGUUCCAGUCAGUGGCAUUCAGAAAGAAAAUUAGAGAUUAUGAUUCCAUUGAUGAUUCCAAAUGAGCAGCACUGGAACCACAGUUGAGACAGCACGUGCAACAAGGCUUCUUAACUUCUUUCCAAGAAGUAGCCCCUCUACCAGACCCUGCUUGCCUCAUCCCAAGCUGUUUUUUAAAUUCUGCAGGAUUUUAAAUGUAUCUUGCAGCAUUAUUUAAAGGGACUGGGGACUUACUGUUCAGGAAAGAAGGAAAAGUUCUACCCCACUUGCAUUUUCUUGCAUGCUUGUCUGGAUUUGGGUCAGGGUAAGGCCAUUACAGUGACUACUGAAAUUAUAGUGUAUGCAAGUUGCAAAGUGGUAAUAGUGACCUUAUGUACACUAUCUAAACUGAUAUUAGUGUUAUCAGCAGAAACCUGUGAGAUCCUAGGUUGGAAGAAAUUGGCCUUUUGCUCUUCUGCCGAGGGUUAGAGGGAUUCAGUACCCUUAGGAGAGGGCAAUAUGUGGCAGUGUGGAGGCUCUGUCCACACUGCAGGCUCUGUGCAGCUGCAGCAGCACCCAUACUGGUCUUGAUCUAGUGGCCACUGCCUGUAUCGCUACUAUGCAAUGGUCAUCAAUAGGGGCAUGAGACCUUCAGUAGGGGCAUGGGAACUUCCCUUUUUCCCAGGUCCCCUGGUGGCAGCCAGUUCCUAUAUAGGAACUGCUCCUGGUUUUUAUGCAGCUUUAAUGUCAUGACCUUCUCCAAAGAUAUCUGGCAAUUGUCCUUUUGUGAGCACAGAGAAUUCGCUGUUGAGAAUCACUGUCUCUCUCAUGAAACUAAAAUCCUAAAGCCCUGUGGAAAGAGGAGACAACUGUUGGACCAAUUUAAGGCUGUAAAGUGGAUAAUUUCAACCUUAUGUAAUAUGGAAGGUACCACAGGCAUACCUCGCUUGAUGUCGCUUCACUCAUGCUCCAUACGCCACCAUACCCUGCUUAACAUUCGCGUGUUUCGUAAUUACGGACACUUAAUGGCAUGACGUUGCUGCCAUCUAGUGGCAAUUGCAGUGCAGUACAUGCAUAGAUAAUUGCUUCACUUUAAGUAUAUUUUCAUUUUACAUACACGCUCCGGUCCCAUUGCGUAUGUUAAAGCAGGGUAUGCCUGUAUAUAUUUCAGAUGUUAGUGAUAAAUAUAUCUAUUAGACACCAAUAAAAUCUAUUGCUGGUUAUAGACAUAAGUCUCACCUAGCAAAGGGAACCUAGAACACACCACAAAUACAUUUUUUUUUGUUUUAUUCUACACAAGUGGGCAGACAAGUGGGGAGCAUUUGUUAUAGGGUUGUGAUAUGAGUUAAUAAUUUACAUUGCUACUGAUAUGAUCUAAAAUUUAAAUAUAUGUGAAGAUAUAUCUUAUGAGAGAGCCACAUAUAUUUUGUAUGGAACAGAUACAACCGUUGGACCUAAACCCUGCACCUGGCCUUUAUGUAAUAAUCUCUUCAGGACUUAUGUUCACUGUGAGGCUUUGAAAAAUGAAAUAUUGGAGAUCUAUAGAGCUAUACUGUAUAUAUGUAAGAGUUAAAAAAAGUAUAAAGAGAAAAUUAUAUAAAAUAAUUAUAUAGAGAGCCAUUCAGUUUUAGAUGUGGGUCAAGAAAUGGUUGGCAACAAACAGCAGAGAGGAUGGAAAAGAAGUGCACAUGUUUUGAAUCUCUGAUAUUUGCUGCUGACAUUUUCCCACAGAGAGCUGGAAAUGAUAUUAUAAAUAAUAUGAGAUGGUCUGCUCAGCCAGAUUCAGCCAUACUGAUUUGCAGCUGGAGUGCCUGCACGUUAGAUUUUAACUAUAAAAAGUAAACCAUAUUUUUUGAAUUAAGUGGGGAACAGGAGAUUAAAGGCUAUUCAUCAAAUGCUAGUGAUGCGAAACAUUGGCCAUAGAUUUGCUAAACAUGCACAUUUUAAAAAAUAUUAGCACUUGAGGAUUACUACUCUUGGAGUAUAUUGACCAAGAGUUAUUCAUUGGUAUUUACUUCUUCAUUUUUAAGAAAAAGCUAUCCACUUAUAAGGGGUGUGCGUGUGUGCAUGUGGGCAUAUGUAUAUGUCAUACACACACACACAUAUCCAUACAUAUACGUAAUAAUAAAAAGGAAAAGGGAAGGUUAUGAUGUUGGAGCCAAAGAUGCCCUUCUAUGAACAGGAGUCCUUCCAUUCUCAGAAAAGUAUUUUUUAUUUGCAGAAGGGGCUUGGAUCCAGCAGAUACUUCCCUGAAUGAAGUGGGCUGAGGCAGUUUUCACCAAUUAUCCCUUCUCUCUGCAGUCCCAUCCUCACAACUUCCCUCUGGAGGAGAUUUUCAGAGAGCAGGGGGCUGCGGAAGGAAGGAAGAUCUGAGAGCAGAAUCCCACUUCUGGAACUCUCUAUCCAGCCCAGUAUGUGCCUCCAAAACCCAAAGAGAUGCAUUUGUCUUUUUUAUGUAAUUGACAAAGAUAGAUCUUUAUUAAUGAUUUAGAAACAUUUCACCCAUCUUAUGUGUAAAUGUUUGUGCCUUGAAGAUAAAUCACUUUUUGUGUGUGUGGCUAUCUUAAUCUUCAAUCAGAGAUAGGAUGUCAGUCAAGGAAUUUUGUGGUUUUCAUGCACUUUCAUUCAACAGAUUACUUGACAUCUUUAAUACGAGGACUCUAAUGUUAAAUUUCCAAAUUCAUACUUCAGGAUAUUGAAUAUACACUAGCUCCCUGUAAGCUGAUGAACAGAUUUAUUCCUAAAUCAUUGGGAUCUUGCAGCACAGCACUUUUGGAAGUAAAACCACUAUAGAGAGCUUGAUCCAGUGGCCCAUGAAAGUGAACACAAAUAUCACUUUCUCACUACACUAAUUAGAUCAAUAAGUGACAUUGGUUCAAAAACAAAGCAGUGGUGGGGAACCUGUGACAUACCAGAUUUGAUGGCCUACAAAUCCCAUCAUCCCUAACUACUGGUCAUUCUGGCUGAGGCUGAUGGGAGCUAGAUUCCACCCCUGCCUUAGAGCAUCAUAUGAUGGCUAUUCCUGAGAUGCUACUAAAAAUAGCCUUUCCACAGGGAAUUGUCUCUGUCCUGGAUAGUUUGUAAGGAAGUGCUCACCACACAGACCAGAGUUACCACAUUCUGAGUCACUGGAGAUAUGGAGGUGGGGGGGCCUCCUACUCAUCACCUGCAUGGUGAGCACAUGCUGUGCCCAAUGCAGGGAUUAUCUUCUAUAUGGGAACUUUUUGAUGGCAUCUCCAUGACAACUGAGAUGCUCUCCAGCAAUCUAUCUCAGCUUUUUAUUAUGUAGUUGCAAUAAGGACGAUGUCCUCAGCACUCUGGCAUGUGCACACAUGGCAGUGAUUUUUCAAGCCAAGCUCUAGGAAUUUUUAUUGGCCUGUAGAGCCUUUGUUUGUGGCCACAAAAGAAAACCACUGAGAACCAAGCCAUAGAGUAUUGGGGAUGCUCCAAAUAAUUUUUCACAAAUGGCAUAAUAAUAUGCAGAACUGAAAAGUGGAGAAAUUCAAACACAGUGUGUGCAUGGCCUACCGGUAUUGAGAGACAUGCCACUGCACUAUCAAAAGGAAUAGCAUUUUAAUAUUUUGGCCUGUGGCAUGUAUGGAGGCACAGUACAAAUGGCAGAGAUAAUCAAAGUUUUGCUCGAAAUAAAGAGUCAUUCCUACUCUUCUCAUCAGCCAGUCCAUGCUCUUUUAAGUUGCUUGAACUUCUCUCUGUUAUCAUGAUCUUCAUUGUGCUGUAUGCAAACAUAUUUCUCUCUCUCUUACACACACACGUCUACCCUAGACUUCAGCUGUAAGCAACAAACAAUCAUUUUUAUGUCUCUUAUUCACUACCUAAUAAAGGAUGAAGCCUAAAUGUUAGUAAUGUGAUGGAUUUUAUGCAUUGGAUUGUCCCACUACAUGCUAAUUGCUGGACUUCUGUGAGUGAUAAACAGAACAACCGUCCCCUCUGUCACCAAACUUUGGUGACCCCAUGUCUGUCUAUGAGCUGUGGAAGCAAAAUAAGGCUUCCAAAGUGGGGGGGGAUAAGAAAGUGGUUUCUGCAUAUAUGAGGGACUUUCUAGGUAUACAGAAAUCUAUUGGUUUGUACAUUUAAAUAAACAGAAAUUAAAUCCAAAUACCAUCCCUCGAAAAGACCCCUGGACAAGAACUUAUUUUUAGUGACUGUGGAACCAAUGUGGACUGUCGAACCUAUGAGGGCAAUUGAGCAAAGGUGUCAAUUGGAGAAAGAAAAUGGGGGGUUGGCCUGCUUGAUUCCCUGAAGGGAAAUUAGGGUCAGGGGCUUGCAUGCCAGAAGGUAACAAAACUAGUGAUGGGUGAACAUAGAAUUUGUAGUUUGUUUGCAAAUCCAACAGUACAAACUAGGAUAAAGGGUUUGGGAAGGGGAUGUGGAAAUACUGAAGUAUCUCUGAUUUUUUGUGCAUACGUGUCACCAAAGUGCAUCUUGGGAAUGUGGCGUGGAUUCUAUGGCGUUGUUUUCCACCUCUGUGCAUCACCCAGCCUGUGUAUUUCUGACUGAGGUUGAGAGAAAUGACCACAAGACGACUACGUCGAUCAGAAAUGAAUGUUCAGCUAUGAGUGAAAAAGAAAUGUUGAACAAGGAGUGGAUAUAAAUGUACAUGUCUGUUUCUUCAGACAUGGUUGGC